ACCUCCGCAGUUUGUUUCUUAUGCCGUUACGAUCAACACGUUCUCGUCAUCGAUAAACCCGUUCUUCGUUUGCGUUUUUUUAUGUCUCUGCCAUAAUUUAUUAGCACUUUUAAAGCAAAUUUCAACGCGGACCCGGUGGACCUUAAUGUAGUUUAAAGUAAAAAAUAUAAACCUUUUUUUGGACGUUUACUGUAAAGUGUAGUGGCCAAAGAAAUACGUUUAACACUUGGAACACAGCUCGAGAAACAGAAAUAAUAUUAUCCUUGAUAAUAGCCGCGCGUGACGGCAACAAAAGGAAACCCCGGGUCGGUGCGGAAUGGCUGCUCGGAGGAGUACCAAAAUCUAGACAUGGAGUCUAGAAUAGGACUUGAUUACAUUGUCGAGAACCCCGAGUACACCGUCAAACUAGCUACAGCUCUAGACACCAAUAAUGUCACUGUGAAAAAGCAAGUAUUGGAAUUACUAUCUGCACUAUGCGUGUACAACAUAGAAGGCCACGGCAGAGCACUUGAUACCCUUCAACACUACAAGGAACAGAAAAAUGAGAGGUACCGGUUGCAGAUCGUGGUCCGCGAACUGCAAUGGGCCCUGUCAAAAGGCAAAGAGACGACGGACUACCAGACAGCCAUUGUGGCUUUCAUCAACUGUCUCAUAAUAUCGACACCGCAGCUCCGGGACCGGAUAAGAAUACGAAACGAGUUCAUAGGUCUUAAACUGCUGCCGAUACUGACCGAGCUGAGGAAGGAAGCGGCGGAAAACCCGGACUUGGGUGUGCAGCUGGACGUGUUCGACGAACAACGCGAAAACGACGAAUCGCAAAUCUUGGACGUACCUUUUCGCGGUGUCGACAUCAACUCUCACGUGGACUUGUUUUAUGCCAUUUUGAAGCAGAUAGCGGACACGCCACAAGAAAUACCUUUUUUGAGCAUCCUACAGCAUCUGCUGAGGAUCGAUCCCCGGGAAGCUGUCAGCGACAUAAUCUGGGAUACGGCCGAGACGUUGGUCCAUCGUUCGACGCUGCUGGAGAACCGUCAGGACGCGUCCCGUCUGUUGCGCACGCCCAGCGUUCUGGGCCAGAGUCAACCGAGAGAUGUCGGCCUGCGCGUUUGCUGUUGCGGGCGGAAACCGUCGCUGGGCCAGUCGGCCGUGACGUCUCCCUUGUCUGCCAACCCGUCGUCACCGCCGCCGCCGCCUCCACCGCCUCCGCCGCCGCCGCUCCAAUCCGGAAAUCCGCCUCCGCCCCCUCCGCCGCCGCCGCCGUUGAUGGGCGUACCGUCCCCGCCAGCACCACCGGCGCCGUUUUUCCCGCAAAGCCAACAAGCCACCUCGGCCGGAUCGCCGUCCGCACAACACGCCAACAAGCGUUCAUUAGCGAUGGGCAACAACGGGUCUUCCAACGCCGUGGACGCGCCUCCGCCUCCUCCGCCGGAAUCCGCGUUCGCCAAAUUGUUACCCCAACAGGAGACGCCCACGCCCAAGACCAAAAUGAAAACCAUCAACUGGAACAAAAUACCUGAUAACAAGGUGGUAGGACGCCAUAAUAUUUGGUCGCUAGUGGCCAGAAGUCAUCAGAAUUCGCCCAUGCCCGAUUUGGAUUGGUCGGAAAUGGAAGGUCUGUUUUGUCAGCAAGCUCCUGUCGCUCCUUCCAACCAAGCGGGUGUGUUGAAUUUCCGACUCGGCCAGGAUACGGGAGAGUGCGACAAGAAAAGAAAAGAACCAACCGAAAUAGUUUUGUUGGAUGGAAAACGAAGUCUUAACGUCAACAUCUUUUUGAAACAAUUCCGAAGUUCGAACGAAGACAUUAUACAACUGAUCCGGGAUGGCGAGCACGACGACAUAGGAGCGGAAAAGCUUCGGGGUCUGCUGAAAAUCUUACCCGAGUUGGACGAGCUGGAAAUGCUGAGGGCCUUUGACGGGGACAAGACCAAAUUGGGUAACGCCGAGAAAUUCCUGUUACAACUAAUCGACAUUCCCAAUUACAAGCUACGCAUUGAAAGUAUGUUAUUAAAAGAAGAAUUCGCAUCGAAUAUGAGUUACCUCGAACCGAGUAUAAAUUCAAUGAUCGUCGCUGGCGAAGAUUUGAUGACCAAUAAACGUUUCCAAGAAGUUUUGUACAUGGUCAUUUGUGCAGGAAAUUUUUUGAACUUUGGUGGUUAUGCUGGAAAAGCUGCGGGCGUCAAGUUGAGUUCGUUGCAAAAGCUCACCGACAUAAGAGCCAACAAACCUGGUAUGAAUCUCAUACACUACGUCGCUUUGCAAGCCGAGAAGAACCGCAAAGAUCUACUAAAGUUUCCAAGUGAAAUGUCUGUGCUGGAAGAAGCGACCAAGACCACCGUGGAACAACUGCAGAAUGAGAUAAACGCGUUGGACUCGAGGUUCAAAGUGGUAAGGAAGCAAAUAGAAUUGCCGAACACAGAGCAAGACAUCAAAAACCAAAUGAUCGAGUUUCUCAAGGUGGCCGAAAGGCAAGUCGGUGGGCUGCAAAACGAUAUAGCCGAAUUGGACUCGAUGAGGAAGACGUUGGCGGAUUUCUUUUGCGAGGACGUCAACACGUUCAAGCUGGAAGAAUGCUUUCGGAUCGUUCACAAUUUUUGUUUAAAGUUCAAACUGGCCGUGGCGGAAAACGAGCGGCGAAAAGUCCAAGAAGAACAGGCUUUGGCCAGACGUCGGCAAAGAGAAGAGCAGCUGGCCGUUAAAAAACGUUUCCUCACUAGCGAUCCGCAGGUAAACGCUUCGGACGCCGAGAACAACAUUGUGGAUUCCCUUUUGAACGAUAUCCGAUCAGGAUUUCCACACAAAAAGAGUUUCGACAAAGGAAAGCGACCGCACAAUACUACUUCGGAAGAAGACAACCUGUCGAUGACUGGUUCGCCGGCCGUCGUGCGAAGACGUUUAGGCGCAAUCGACAACGGCACCAGAGAAGAUCAAAACUUGUCUCCCGACGUCACGCCAAACGGGAGCCUACGUCGUCGAAGAAGUCGAGUACCGUCGGAGGAAGACGACGUGACGUUAAUGGACUUCUUGAGAACUUCGAACCCAGACGCUCCGCCGGUGUCUGCUAAUACACAGAGAAAAUCGUGGGGAAGCUUAGACCGAUCCUGGGCCAGACGAUUCAGAGGAAGUGGCAAAAAGAGACCGGAACUGUUGAGCGCCGAUUUCAGUGCGGACCGAGAGCGGGCCAAUUCGCCUUCACCUCUGGUCGAGAACAAAUCGUCCAUUACUUCCACGACGGCUUCGACGCCCGAAGAAGAAGCUAAACAACCAAAGGCUUGGAGACAGAAAAUCGAAGCGUGGCUGCAAGAGAACGAAAAAGAGGAGAAAGAUUCGGACGACUUGCGGCGGAAAGCUCAGCGAGUGCAAAGCAACCGGCGAUCUUUGGAAAACGACUCGGAAAGCGAUGGCCGCAGUAGCAUAUUGGACACGUUGCCCGAAGGUAAACUAGCCGACUCCACCAACAACGAGGGAUACAAAAGAGUUUACACCGACUGGCGUCCGACAAUCGAGAAAACCGACGUCGUUGGAGUCAUGGAAGCAAUUGCAGGAGCUCAGAGCCCGGUCAAGGACAAAUCGCAAUGGCGCAAGUCCAACCUGAACGUGCCCAACACGACCGAAGAAAUCGACAGCAAUUCCAAGAGAUACCAAAAGAAACCGAUACUCUUGUCUAAUUUCGAAAACCAUAGCACACCCUUACACGCUAUCAAAGAGGAAGACAGGCGGAAAGGUUUCAUCGAAAAACUGGGACAGAACACGUCCGGUCCGGAACGGCUGACGGUUUAUAUCCGCGGUGCUGACCAGCCAGAAGCCAAGUCCAGCGUGCCCAGGAAACCGCUGACCAGUCCAGAGGCUUUGGAAGACAAGCUGCUCCCUCCGUUCGCUCCUCGGCGUAAGAUUUCCGACUCGACCGGCCCGCUGGACCCGACCGACAGGGCCGACAUAGAUUCGGACAACAUAGAAACACCGCCCACGUCUCGCCGGCAAAUCGUCAAGCCACAACAGACGAUACCACCGCCGCCGAAGAAGCCGGCCGAAGAAGAAACGCUGGGCGACGGUCAGUUCGACCGUUUCUCGGCGGCAAGACGUACCCGGAGAUACAGAAAGACAGCCGAAGACGAUUUGCCUAGGACCGUCGACAAGCCGUCGUCGUACCACAACGCCGGCGACGAUACCGGCGAAGACGGCAAGGAGUUUGCCCGGACCCGGUUGUACUCUUCCAUGCCCAGGACCGCUAGAAACCAGAGUGUAGUGGACCACGGCGACAUCAUGAAAGCAGUGAAAAUCUACGGACAACUGCCGCCGGAGAAAAACUCUGCCGAACCGGCGGCCCGGAUAUCCGGCAGAGUGACCAAGAUAAACAUCCAAGACAACGGCGAUUCGACGAUCAACAUGAAGAGCAACGAGUUCAUUCCGGAAAUUCGCGUGCAGGCUUUGACGCCGCCAAUGAAGACCACCGUCAGGAACGAACACGAUUUGAACGACGAAGGGUUCGAGGAGUCCGUGAGCUUGAUGUCGGCCGAAUCGUUGAGCGCAGAAGCUUCUUCGGGUAACUUCGAGACGGAAAAACCGAUGCCGCCCAAAACCAUAGCCCGGGCCGACAGCAGCGGCAGCAACGACACCAACAGCAGCGGCGGAGGUCCGGCGUUGAGAAAGACCAAUUCUCUCAAGACGUCCGUCAGGCCGGCGGUGGUGACGAAAAAGAUGGCCGAACUGCCCAAACGGACCAGCAGCUUCAGGACAACGACACCAGCCGUGGCGACGGCGCAGAGGCCGUCGACCGCGGUAAGGACCACCUCGUCUCUGGCUAGACCUUUGGCCAAACCGACGUCGACGACGACGGUGCACAGACCCGGUCUGGUCAGGACUGCUGACGGUGCUAGUUCGAAACCGGUGGAGAGGUCUAGUUCCAAGAGCAGUUUGCGCAGCUCCAGGAGUUCGCUGAACAGCAGCACCAACUCGGCCGGCACGGUGGUGAAGAAAAUCCCGGGCAUAUCCGCGUACACCAAGGCCAUAAACGACCUGACCACGGACCUGAAGGCGAAGAAACCUCUGGGCGCCGCGUUGCAACCGCACAACGGCAGGAACGCGGUGACGGUGGCCAGCAGGAGCAGCAGCAGCAGCGGCAGCAGCGGCAUCGCGGUGGCCAAGCCCAGACCGUUGCAGAGCGCGAGUUUCAAAGAGAACCAAGGCAGCAGAGGCGCAGCCAAGACGUUGGGAUUCAUGAGGCCCACGGCUGCCAGCACGGCAAAGGACUUGGUCGACGCCGCUGGCAAACCAAAACCUCUAGUCAAGAAAACAACGUUCAAGUAGCCACACUUGACAACUCUAUAAGCUCACACGUCACACACACACACACACACACAAGUCACACUCAUACUCGAGAAACGCCUGUCCCGCCGGAGAACGGUACUGCGCAGAAACCGCGACCAAUUAUGCAUGGGUCGUGUUUUGGUUUCUGCGCGGUACCGUUCUCUGGCGAGACGGGAGAGUAUAGACAAUAAUAUUACACUAUUAUACCAUCUGGCAAUUUUGAAAAAAUUGUUUUCACCGAUAGGUCAUUUAUAGUUAGUUAACUUAAGUCGUAAGCAGCCAAGUGUCUGGCGUUGUUGGACGUCUCAAAUCGGAUCCCCGUUACCAAUUUUAAACCAACCACACACGGACCAUAGAUUUUUUUUUUUUAGUAGAAAUUAUUAUUAUUACCUAUGUUGUAUUAUUUUUUUAAAAAUAUUUUUAUUUUUAUUAUUAACUUUGUAGGUAUUUUGAAAACUAAUAUAAUAUGCAUUAUUAUAAUAUAUGUUGUAUAAUAUAGAUUUUUUUAUAUAUAUAAUCUGGUAUCUAGUCAGAAUGCAUUGAUACACAAUCAAAACAAAGGUGCCUUUCAUAUAAGCUAUAUUAAACAAUUAUUACACUGUGUUUUUUUUUAUAGUCUCAAAAUUUAUAAACUAUAUUAUUAUUAUUAUUUUUUUUUUUUUAAUCGGUUUAUUUGACUUUAACUUGUACAACUUUUAUAUUUUUUUAAACGCUUGAUUUGUACACAAUUGAGGCCUAAGCAUCAUUAUUAUAUAUACCUAUAUGAAAUAAUAAUAGAGCUUUACAAGCGUAAUAUGUUUUGCACUAACACUAUUGUUUUUU